AUGAAAUUCCUCAAGUCUCUUCUGUUGGUCGCGCCCUUGACUGUCGCCUUGCGACUGGAUAGGCGGGGUAAAGUUAUAUAUGACGGCUAUAAGAUCUUUCGCGUGGCACCAGGGGACAAUGUUGCGGAUUUCGAGGCCCGAUUGGAAUCUCUAGAGGCUAUCGACCUUACCCACAAUCAUGGCCAUAUAGACGAGGAGCAUUUCGAUAUCGCAGUGCCGCCUGAGAAUCUUUCGGCUUUUGAGGGGUUGAAUUUCACCUCCGAGGUGUUGACCGAGGAUCUCGGAGUCGACAUAGCACUUGAAGGGGAGUUUGCUGAGUAUCCCGAACUAAGCGCGGUUGCUGCUCUCCCAAGCCUUUCAUGGUUCAAUGCGUACCAUGCUUAUAGUGACCACUUGACGUUUUUGAAAGAUAUACAGUCGUCUUUCUCCUCUAACUCGGAGCUCAUCACGGCUGGGAAAUCAUUUGAGGGCCGCGAUAUCCAGGGUAUUCAUCUCUGGGGAAGCGGCGGCAAGGACUCGAAACCUGCUGUCUAUUUCCAUGGAAAUGUCCAUGCUCGGGAAUGGAUUUCCUCGAAGGUUGUCGAAUAUCUUACAUACCAACUUGUUGCUAACUACAACAAUGACACGACGAUCAAGGGCUUUCUCGAUAGUUAUGACUUCUACAUCUUGCCUAUCGUCAACCCCGAUGGUUUUCUCUAUACACAAACUACGAACCGGUUGUGGCGGAAGAAUCGCCAGACGCGAUCUGGCACCUCUGCUGUUGGCACCGAUGUCAACCGGAAUUGGCCUUAUAAAUGGGAUGGGGAGGGAUCUUCUACCAGCCCCGGGUCAGCCUUGGGCGACCAAUUAGCGAAAAAGAAGGGUAUUAAGUUAUACAUCGAUUGGCACAGCUACGGACAAUAUAUCCUGACGCCUUACGGUUACUCGUGCUCAGCAGCGGCUUCAAACCAGGCCAAACAAAACUCGCUAGCUAAAAAUACUGCUUCCGCUAUCGCAAAGCCAUACGGGACUCAAUUCACUACCGGUCCGAUCUGCUCUACGCUCUAUGCCGCUGCCGGCGGUAGCAACGAUUAUGUGACCGACGUCAACAAGGCAGAGUUUGGGUGGGCCAUCGAACUCCGUGAUACUGGCCGAAACGGAUUCACGUUACCCGCCAAUCAAAUUCUCCCAACUGGUAUCGAGGUAUGGGAAGGAAUGAAGUAUCUUUUCGCUAAUAUGUGA